GGGACUUCUUCCCCAGCCGAGGGGAUUUCUCGUUUCCCUUUGAUCCGAGCCCGUUUGGGGAGCGAAGGCUGCGGGCGGAGUUUCCCCGGCCCGGGGCUCCCUGCGAGGCCGGGUCUCCGCCUCCGCGCCCUCCCCUUAUAGCCGGGCUGCCCCGGGGCUCCGCAGCCAGCGCCACCGCCGCCCUCGUCGUCCUCGCCGUGGUGCCCGGGAGCCGCAGCAGAGCUAGAAGGAAAAUGCUGAAAAUGUUACCUUUUUCCCAAAGUGGUCCCUUUGGAAUACGCAAUGGAUCAGCAGGUUGCAUCAAGGUAAAUGGGCAGCUGGAAAACCCUGCAACAUCAGUAGCUGAGCAAGUCCCUGCCUGUCCUGCUUCUUCUGGAGACGAGAUCUGGUCCAGGAACCAGGAGAAGAUGAGUGAAAGGCCAGAGGCAGCUGGCAGAACUUCGCGGGCAUCUUCCAUCACGAGCACCGGGAGCUGCACCUCUGCUGGGGACAGUCUGGAGAAGGGGAAGAAAGGAAUCAAGGGAAUGUUUACGACUGCAUUUAAGAAGAUGAUAAAGACCAGGACACCCAGCAUCAAACAAAUCAUGGAUCUCCUUGAAAAGCACAAGCUUUCUGAUGCUGCCCUACUUCUGAUUGCCCUGGAGAAGAGCGUAUCUAGCAAAAGCGAGGAGGGACUAAACACCAGGCAACAAGACAUCGAGUCCAUCAGCGAAAUCCUGAAAAACAAAGUCUUCAGCAUCUUGAAAGACUCUGUCCUUUUAGCAAGAACAAACCCAGAACUGCUGCAGCAAGCAGUAGAGGUACUGAAAGAACAGGAGAAAGAAGAUCAGAAUUGCCUGUCAGAGAAUUCACCUGACCAAAAUGUGCAAUUUAGACCCAGAAAAUGGAAAGAGCUUUGGAUGGCUACAGUGAAGGAGUCAGUAGAGACUCGAAUGAAAGACACAAGUCAUACUCCCAGAACUGAGAACCUCUCUUCAGUUGGCCAAAACCUCCUGCGCAUGGGGAAGACGAUGAAAGAAGAUUUGACAGUAGUUGCAAAAUGCAUUAGACAGCUUUAUCCCCCUGAGUUUAACGUGUUCGGUACAUAUGCAGAACUCUAUCACCAUCACUUUGCCUCCGAGGCAAAGAAAGCUGCUGAGUCCCAGCUGGAAGACAAGGACGUCUACCUUCUCCUCUCAUGGGUGCACAACAUUUACCCAAAAGAUAUGAGGAAAGAUCCUGUUUUAGCAGAGGAGCUGGAGAAAGUUAAGCUUGGAAGCCUUUUGCCAUCAAGCCUGAGCAAAGAGCUUGAAAGAAAAUAUCUCGAGAGUGAAGAGGCAACCAUCAAAAAUUCACUGAACAAAUGUUUAGAAAAGGAAAUCGAAAGAUGGAAAGAAGACAAAGAGCCAGAGAAACUAAAUGGACAUUUUCAGAGUGAGCUACUAGCAAUAUUCGUUAUCCAGAGCAUCUACAAUGGCCAGAAGCGAGCCAAGGAGGUGAGCACGGCGCUGGGCGAAGAGCUGUCGCAUCGCCUGUCGCGGGAGCUGGCUGCCCUCCUGAGAAGCUACAAGGAUGCUUUUGAAGACUUCAAGGAGAAAGGCAAGAAGCAAGUACACUACAGGCCGAUUCUGAUUGCAAACAUUAACAACUGCUGGGAAUUUCAGGUAAGGGUCCCUUCCUCCGCCAGCAGCGGAGACUACGUAGAGAAAAACAUGGCAGAAAAUGAUGACAACAAGGACAGGAUCCUUAGCACCCUUGGGGACAUCGAGACCAGCGGCUGUGACGUCCUGCUUCAGCAGCUGUUUGUCCAGCUGAAGCCAAUUUAUAAGAAGUUUACAGAAAACAAGUGGGACUGCAGCAAUAAAAUUAUGGAUGAGAUCAUUAAAACCACCAGCAAACACAUUUCAGAGUUGCAGACCCUGAAGAACCCUUUUUACAACGCCGCCAUUGAGAAGAUCCAUGUCCGCUUGGUGAGAGAUUACAUUGUGAGGCUGCUGAAGAAGAAGGUCGGCCUGAAAAGUGCAGCACAACAGCAAAACCUGGCCCAAAGCAUCUCCAAGAACGCUGCUGAGCUGGAAGCCUUCUGCACCAAAAAUGGCUCUCAAGCCACCUGGCUGAAUUCGGCACUCCCAAAACUGGCUGAAAUCAUCCGGCUUCAGGAUAUAGCUGCUAUUAAAAUUGAAGUUGCGACGCUCGCCACAGCAUACCCAGAUAUCCGGAGAAGGCACCUGGAAGCUUUCCUGUAUAUCAAAGCCAAUUUGUCGCGUGGAGAGCUCAAAAGCAUCCUGAGCUACCUGGAAGACAGCACGGUGUCCACACCACCCAGCAACCUGCUCUUCUCCAGCAUAAACCUGUCCUAG